AUUUCCUGCCUCGGAAUUUCGUCGCAGCGCGCCACCUUCAUCACAUGAAAUUUAAAGAGCGGCUCGCAUUAUCACAAGUUCAUAACGUGGAAAGAUCAGCGAGCGGCUACCUUGGUCGACCAGUGGAAUAAAUCGUUGACAAUGAAGGCACUGCGUAUGGGCUCACGUAUCUUGUACAUGCUCACGAGGAACAAACGCUUCCUGGCCGGUAGCGUAUUGAAGUUCAUGAAUAUUCAGGUCACCAUGAAGUUAAAGUGGGUCCUCGAGAACAUACCGGGCCUCCAGGAAGCCGCUGAUAAUGGCGAGGUGGCAUUCGGAAGUAUAGACUCUUGGGUCUUGUUCAAAUUAACAGGUAAAAAACGAAAUAUAUAAAGAUCCGACGCGGUACAAAAGUAAUAAGAACGAAUAAAAACGAUGGGCUAAUGAGAGCCGUCGUUAGAUCCCGGUGAGCACAAUAUUCAAAAUCGACGCAUAAAACGUCUUUAAGCAACUUUAAGGCGCUUUAAAGAGGUGUCUUUAAGAUGCUUUAAAUUCAUCUUAAAGACGUCUUACGCUCCCUGGGAUGUUAAGAAAUUAUCAAUCUUAACAGGAGAAUAAAAUUACGAAGGAUUAAUUAGUAUAAAUAUCAAUUGCGGAUUGAAAGGGUCGGCUCGAAAAUGUAUCACUAAACAAUACCACUCGUAAGUUGAAACUCUAAAAGAAAAGUCAAGCGCGUGUGUUACGCUGUCGGACAAUUUUAUUCUCCUGCUAAGAUAUAAAAUUUCGCAUUUAACAACUAGCGACGGCUCUUAUUAGCCCAUCGUUCUUAUUCGUUCUUAACGGGAAUAAUUUGUAUUCCGCUACUUCCUACAUAUUUCUACUCUACGGAUCAUAGAAUCCUAGAUAAUCCCGGUAUUUUUCUCGUACAACAGCAGGAUGCUCCGAUCGGCCGAUGGUCUCACGCGAUUU